CAAAAAGCGGAAGGGAUGAGAAUGAUUUUAUCAACCACUAGUUCCUCGCUGGGCGCUGUGACGUUUCCGUCUACAAAAAUGCUUACUUUACUUCUUUGUAUUUCGCUUAUUAAUCUCCCAUUUUGUUCAUUAACUGACAGAAAUGACGAACCUAUAAUCGGUGUUCUGGCUCAGGAGGUCACAUCCCCGAAACCGGACCAGACGGCCUACAUCGCUGCCUCCUAUGUGAAGUUUCUGGAGGCUGCAGGAGCCAGAGUUGUUCCUGUCAUGAUUAACAAGACACUGGAGGAAUACAAGACUCUGUUCAGCUCUAUUAAUGGGAUCUUGUAUCCAGGCGGCGGAGUCAGCAUCAUCUCAUCCGGCUACCAAAGAGCCGCCAAAAUCUUCUAUGAUCUGGCCAUUGAGGCGAACAAGAGGGGCGACUAUUUCCCGGUGUGGGGCACCUGUCUGGGUUUUGAACAGCUCAUGUAUUUGACGAGUGAAAAGAGUCAGCUGUUUCACACCAACACAAGCGGCGUUGCUUUGCCGCUGAACUUCACUCCAGAGGUGAAAGGCAGCAGGAUGUUUGAGGCUUUUCCUCCUGACCUCAUGUCAGCUCUGUCCGCCGAGCCGCUAACAGAAAACUCCCACCAAUGGAGCCUCGCCACGCUGACUUACAACACAAACGAGGACCUGAAGAGUUUCUAUAAAGUCCUUUCAACAAACACAGACGGAAACACUGAGUUUGUGUCAACAGUAGAAGCUUACAGUUACCCCGUUUAUGGAACGCAGUGGCAUCCAGAGAAAAAUGCCUUUGAGUGGUCCAGACCUUACAUUCCUCACUCCCCAUCGGCAGUCAGGACGACCUUCUACACGGCCCACUUCUUCGUGAGCGAAGCCAGGAAGAACUUCCACAGGUUUCAGUCUAAGGAGGAAGAGAUCAAAGCACUGAUAUACAACUAUAAUCCUGUUUACACUGGAAACGCAAGUGCCUUUGAGCAAAUUUAUUUAUUCUGAGAUUCCUCUUCACAAAGCUGUUCUGCUUUAAUAUGGACUUGAUAUUUUUAGUUUUCUAAUUAUCUGAAAAUGUUGUUUUGCACUGGAAAUUGAAUGAAGCGUCUGUGUUAUCGAUCAGCAUCACUAGCUUCUUUUGUAAAUUAGUUUUUCUGAUUGUUUUAAACACUUUUUGCUAAUUUCUUGAUUGUUUGAGACACUAAGUUGAAUUUUUCUGGAGGCUUUGACUUUAAACACUCCAACUGGAUCUGAGUAUUGAAUCAGAAACUGCUUAUUUAUACAAAAAAUGUAAAAAAAUGAAUAUAAUAAAGAAGAUUAUGUUUAUUUUUUUGUCAAUUUGCAGCAGUUGACCUUUAAUUAGAUACUUUUAAUUUGCCAUUUUUCUUCUUCUAAUGCAAAAGUAUUUGUGGUAUAAAGUUUCCUAAAGGAUUCAUCUCAUGUGGUUUUACUGGCACACAGCUGUAUGUUGACCUUUCAUGACACUAAUCCUCAAAAUUUAGUAAGACUAGUACUAUUUCAGCAUUAUUUCUACUCGAGCAAAAAGUAAAAUGUAUUUUGUAUGCAUAACAUAAUGUAACAUUUUAAAAAUGAUGUAAGCAUACAAAAAAGUAUAAAGUUAUGUGCAAAUUCUGGGAAAUUUUGAAGAUUUAAAAAAUAGACUACAAAUAAAUACAAAAUAACACAUUUAGGCAAAAGAAAUGGUUCCAAAUAUUUCUUUUCUAUAAAAAGAACAGGAUAAAGAACGACCAGUGUCGAUAAAUGUUGUCUACUGGAUGCUACAGGCUCAGAAAACAUUUGAACUAAGACUGAAACGAUUAAUUGUUAUAAAUCAACUAUUAAAAUAACCAACUAAUCGAUUAAUCGUUAGGCCAUUUGCUGAAAGACCAGCACAGCUCAGAGCAGAAAGUCAAAACGGCAUAAAAAUAUUUUCAUUUCGCACUUUAGCAAGAAGGACAAUAUAUAAUGGAACCAUUGUAGAUGGAAAAAAAAGUUAAUUAUAAAGUAAAUUUGAAAAGUCAGUAACUUUUUUGAGAAGUGGAGAAGAUUUUUCUGUAAAAGUUUUCAUUUUUAUAGCAAAAUUUCAACUUUUCACACUUAGAUUUUUUUGAAGAAAAUUUCUGAGUUUUUUUUUUGGGCAAAAAUUUACACCUUUUUUUUUUCAAUAGACUGUCGUCUAUUAAUAUGUUUCACUCAAAAGUUGUCAGGCGGAAUCGUUUUAGCUUUACCCCGUUCACAUUCUGUCUAAAAAAUUAAUUUCCCCACCUUUUGUUAUCCAUUUCUAAACUGGUUAGUCUAGUAUAUUAAUGUUUACAAGUGUUGGAAUUUUUUUUUUAUCAGGUUAAUUUAUAGCAAAUAUAAUCAUUACUUGCAGUAUUGUAAUAUGUUGUGUUAUAAUAUGUAUGUGUUGUUAUGGAAACUGUUGUGAAGAGGAAAGAUCAAAAAACAUUAAUGACUGAUAAAAUAUCUACUUUUUUUAUUCUAACACUUACUUUCAUGCCACAAUCUGCCAAUGACAUCCCUGUAUGCUUUGGAUAACAAAGUUGAACAUCUUGGAAAAAGUCCUCCAUGUGUAGAAAGAAAGUUUGUUUCCACUGGCCAUUUAUAAAGUCCGCUUCCAGCUCAAUUCAAAGACGGCAACAGGAGAACAAAAAUGAGCAACCGAAUGUAACGUCCAAAGUAUGUUAUGCACUAAUAACACUCAGGUAACAUUGUUUUUCUUCCUCUUCUUCUCAGAAUAAAAUGAUAUUAGAACAUUUACACAUCAAGCUAACGAGACCGUGAUCUCAAUCACAAUACAACUGCAAAUAUAGUUUAUGCAGUUCUGUAAAAAAAACAUUCAGGAUGUCAAAAUUUACGAUGACGAACUGAGAAAUGACAGAUAA